GGCAACGCCUGGAACAAGCAUGUAAAUUGACACUGUCCACUGACAGUAGGCUAAUGUAGAUGAUCAUGUUUCAUUCAAAACAGGUGAAAAUUAAAACACGAACUUCACUUUAUCCGUUUGUUUUAUGUUCAAUCAGAAUCCACAACGUUGUCCCACGCGUCUGAAGUCCGACUUCACCGCUAUAGCCUACCUUGCUGAAAAGUUGUUCUUCAUUCUCACUUAAACAGGCUACGAAUAUGGCAGCAUGGAUUAUAAAAGUUGCCUUGAUGGCAAUGAGUAUCUUAAUCGAAACGACUGAAGGGAAAAAAGACAAGGUGCUGUAUUGUUCAGCAUGCAGGGCUAUUGUUGAUGAGCUCAAUUAUUCAAUCAGUCAGAUUGAUCCAAAGAAGACCAUCCAUGUGGGAGCGUUCAAACUCAACCCUGAUGGGAGCCUGACUGAUAGAAAGGUCCCUCUUGCUAGAUCUGAGACCAACUUGAGUGAGCUUCUGGAUGGAGUUUGUGGUAGCAUGAGUGACUAUGCUCUUCAUGUGGACCCAGACACCAAGAAAAAGCAAUACAAAAGAUUUGCUCCAAGAAGUUCUGAUGCCGGGGAUUUUCCUGAUUUUAAUAAUUUCAAGUUUGAUGGCCCAGAGGGAUCCAAUGCCCUAAAAUUUGCGUGUGAAAGCAUUGUGGAGGAAUUUGAAGAUGAUAUCAUCUCUCUUUUUGCCAAAGAGACAGACCAUGUGGUUGACAAGUUAUGCAAUGAAGUAUCAGAUCACUGUAAAGGCACCAAAUUCCAGAGUGACGAACUAUAGUUUUACAUGCGUCUCUGCUGCGGGUGAUCGGACCAGUUUAGAGAUAUAUUUCAAAUGAAGAUAUAAUGCUUAAAGGAUAUUGUAUCAAUGAAGUUGCAUUCUUUUAAAUAAAGUUUUCUAUUUUGAAUUGA